AGAUGCCAGACCAUUUAGGAGAUGAUAUGCGAAAAGUGAAAGAUGAUAAAGAGGAGCCGGAAAAAGAAAUAAAAUCGCUCGAUGAAGGCGACAUAGCAUUAUUAAAGUCCUAUGGCCAAGGCCAGUAUACUAAAAUCAUCAAGGAGGUGGAGGAUGGUAUCCAGACUGUCAUGAAGAGAGUAAAUGAACUGACUGGUAUAAAGGAGUCUGAUACAGGCUUGGCCCCUCCUGCUUUGUGGGAUUUGGCUGCAGAUAAACAGACUUUACAAAAUGAACAGCCUUUACAGGUGGCAAGAUGCACAAAGAUCAUAAAUGCAGAUUCCAAUGACCCAAAGUACAUCAUUAACGUUAAGCAGUUUGCCAAAUUCGUGGUUGACUUAGCUGACUCUGUUGCUCCAACUGAUAUUGAAGAGGGUAUGAGGGUUGGUGUGGAUCGUAACAAGUAUCAAAUCCAUAUACCCCUACCGCCAAAGAUCGACCCAACUGUCACCAUGAUGCAAGUGGAAGAAAAGCCUGACGUCACCUACAGUGACGUUGGAGGAUGCAAGGAACAAAUUGAGAAGCUCAGAGAAGUCGUAGAGACUCCACUACUUCACCCCGAGAAAUUCGUAAAACUAGGUAUUGAACCUCCUAAAGGGGUGCUACUGUUCGGCCCUCCUGGUACAGGCAAGACACUGUGCGCUCGCGCUGUGGCCAAUCGCACUGACGCUUGCUUUAUUAGAGUAAUUGGUUCUGAGUUAGUGCAGAAAUAUGUAGGUGAGGGUGCGCGUAUGGUACGUGAGCUCUUUGAAAUGGCGCGAAGCAAGAAGGCCUGCCUAAUAUUCUUUGAUGAAAUUGACGCCAUUGGUGGCGCUCGGUUUGACGAUGGCGCUGGUGGCGAUAACGAGGUACAGAGAACUAUGUUGGAGCUCAUUAACCAGCUUGACGGUUUCGAUCCUCGUGGCAACAUCAAGGUCCUCAUGGCAACCAACAGACCCGACACCCUGGACCCGGCCCUGAUGCGACCAGGUCGUCUUGACCGCAAGGUGGAGUUCGGUCUACCCGACUUGGAAGGGCGGGCGCACAUCUUCCGCAUUCACGCAAGAUCUAUGAGCGUCGAGAGAGAUAUUCGGUUCGAUCUGCUGGCUAGAUUGUGCCCUAAUUCUACUGGUGCUGAGAUUAGGUCGGUAUGCACAGAAGCGGGCAUGUUCGCAAUCCGCGCGCGACGCAAGGUGGCUACCGAAAAGGACUUCCUAGAGGCCGUUAACAAAGUCAUCAAGUCCUACGCGAAGUUCUCAGCGACGCCCAGAUACAUGACCUACAAUUAGUUCAUUAUAACAGAUGUAAAAUUAUUAGAAUUAUAAAAUUUACUUGUAUGCCUUUUGGUAAUAAAAUAAAUUUAACACCAA